UUCAGACCUCCACUUGGCCGCCGAGCUGGGUAAGACCUUGCUGGAGCGGAACCAUGAGCUGGAGGCGGGUCUACGGCAGAUGUACUCCACCAAUCAGGAGCAGCUGCAGGAGAUCGAGGUGAUGCUCGGGACGCGGCGGCAGGACCAAAACUGCACAGGGGAAGGGAGCUGAAAGUCAACGAACUGUCCUGUGGGGAAUAUUAGCCAUAGAUGAGUUUUUUUAAAAUGAGGAUCAAUAAUAUGUACUCAUAUUUUGGCAGACAUAAUCCUCUGCCAGCACUGACCUUUCGUCUAGGAAGCCACUAUCCAAUAGUUCAACAGUCAGCUCGUGCUGACAGCCACAGUCUAUAGAACAAAGGUUAACGUCUAACUUGAAACACAAAGCGUUACAUCCGCUCCUCUGAAAAAAUCUGCCUUUAGCUUCCUGACGCGACUUCGUGUUCUAGUUAGCAAGGAAGAAGGGGAUUAAACUCGGAACAGCAGGGAAAUAAGAUGGAAGAAAAAAUAAACAAAAGCGUGAGCCAUGCUGAUCAUGAUUAAAAAGAAAAACUGCAGCGAUAUUAAUAAAGAAGAUGUACAGAAGCGGCAGAAGAUCAGAGAGUUAAUAGGUGGAUAAUCAGCUCUGCUAGGAAUUAAACAGCACAGCAAAGAUGAGUCCUGCUUUGUACCUGUCCAGGCAGGUGGAGCUUCUUCGACAGAUGAGCGAGCAGCACACCAAGGUCUACGACCAGCUGGAGCUGACCUCGCAAAAGCUGGAGCAGGACAACCACCGGCUGGUCUUGGAGAACCGCAUGGCCCAGCAGAAGAUACAGUGCCUAUCAGAGACCAUUGAGGGUCUGCAGACACAAAUGACGGAGCUGCAGCAGCAGGUGGAGGACCUGAAGCCCGCCCAGCCAGACAGCACUAGCCGAUCUGCCCAGCCGGGCAGCGGGAACAAGGAUCCGUCGGAGUGGGUGUCGGGCCUGGCCUCCCCAGGCAUGUGCUGCGUGAUGGAAACCCCCCCUGAACAGGACAUAGACUGCAGCCUGACCGAGGUCGACCUGGCCAACGCGGAGGAGGAGAACGCCGCCCUGAAGGUCUCCCUGCAGACGCUGAGGGCGCAGCUAGGGGCGGAGGAGGCGCGCCGGCAGGUGGCCGAGCAGGAGGUGGAGCUGGCGGCGCAGGACAGCAGUGUCCUGGGACAGCGACUGGCCGAGCUGGAGGGCUGCUGGGAGCGGCGGCAGCGGCUGGAGCAGCAGGUGGAGGAGCUGCGGCGGCUGUGGAGCAUAGAGGCAGCCCGGGCCAGGGCGCGGGGAGGCAGGCUGUCCUCCGAGACGCUCCUCACCCCCCUGCAUGAGGAGGAGAUUGACAUGGGGGCGGAGUCGGGGGCGGAGUCGGAGGCGGAGUCUGACGUGGGUGGUCCUGAGGGCAGGCAUCUUGGUGAUGGCAAUCUGCUGAGGAGCCCAAGUACCGAGGACCUUCUCCAAGGGCACGAGCGCCUCUGUGCCCGGCGCUCCCAGGCCGUCCGGCCACGCGGCUCCUCCCUCCUACGCAAGGUGGACGAGCAGUACAGUGCCUUGCAGGCCCGCUACGACGCACUGCUCAGCCGCUGCCAGCAGGUGGCAGACGGGCCGAGCCACAAGGCCGUACAGACCACGGGCACCGACAGAACUCACCGUCGCUCCACCUCCUCCGCCGAGACUCCCGGGGCCGACGUGGACGCCUCCCCGCCUGAGUACAGGGCACUCUUCCAGGAGAUCUUCAACUGCAUCCGCAAGACCAGAGAGGACCUGAGUGAGAACCACAGCAAACAAAGCCAUUGAUGUCCUCAUAAAAGCUGAAGGGACGAGAGCUGACACGGUGUGCCUUGGUUUACUUCCUAGGUCACCAAAGCAAGACAACUACACCAACAGCCACCUCACUCAGCUCCAGAAGAUCCCGUUUCACUGUAGUUUCUUCAUUAAACGAAAAAAAAAACAUUGGAACUUGGGUUCCGUAUUCUCCCGAAAGCUGACUUUGGAUUCCAACUCCCAGAAGGGGCCGUUAACCGUCAAAUUCAUACCAUUGAGGACACCAAGGUCAAGUCCUCAGCAUUUUUUUUGCAACUCCAAUAGCCACGAUCCACCACAUUCACACGUAGGAUGGGCUUUCGCGUUUGACCUUGGUAUUUUGAAAAUCAUGGCUACGGCUUUGGUGAGAUUGUAUCGAUUAUAAUUCUGCAUGAUUCCAUAGCACUAUAAAGUCUUCCUUAAUAAUGUUAUUGUGAAGGAUUAUCCAUUUGGAAAUAUUACUCGUAGUCGGUGUGUUAUCUGCAAGUGGUAAUGAAGUCGUAUUGUCACGUAGAGAACUCAGUAUGUGUGCGAUGCUGCUUGUGUUGUUUUACACUUCAGUCAACAGACCAUAAUAUCACGUCCAGUGAUAUGAUAUUACCUCUAAGCCUUUCUGCCGUAGCAUUGCCUGGCCACAUAUACUAGGUAAGGGCUCUUCAAAUCUUCAAUCCCUUGAUUCCAAAUCCAGGCCUUGUUUUCAAUUCUCCCAGGGAGUUACUUUGAUAAUUACUGUUUCUGAUUGGCCACAGAGGCUUCACACCUGGCUCAUAGGUGAAGGAAGGCUGGAAAAUCAGGAGUGCUCGGUCCUUGAGGACCGUGAUUUGAAUAGCCCUGUGUUAGGUGAAUUAGUAUGAAGCUAAAUCUUUUUUAUAUAGUGUGAAAACCACAACAGGACUGAUGUAAACCAAUUCAUACCUCAGUGGAAAACUGCCUCUGCCUACCAGAGGUAACAAUGAAUCAUUUCAGGCAGCAGGUGGCGCAGUGGUUAAACACUCAGGCUUAUUCCAUUUUGGGAAAUCCCAGUAGGGAUUCUGCUGUAGUACCUUGUAUCAGGUCAUUUUCCCUGAAUAUCUCUAGGAAUGUCUGGCUGUAUAAAUGCAUGAAAGUGUAUUAAAAUGUUUAAGUUAUUUCAAUCAAAGUGUUCAUUGAAUGGCUAAAGUGACAUGUAAAUAAUACAAUGUAACCGUCUUUUAUUAGAAUUGUAGCAAAUCGAUAGGCACUAAUUGAUGCAUAAGCACACAAUGGGUGUGUUUACCUUUUAAUUAAAGGCUAUUCAGCGUAUCUUACGCAUUUUUAAUGUUUAUUACGACAAACUUGAUCGGUUUUAGCUUGGUAGUUGUUCGCAAGUAGGUUUUGAUUUCAGUGGAUUUCUAUCGGCUGAAAAGGAAUCUGCCGUAGUGAUCAUGCACUGCCGUGCACUUUAGAACCAGUUUGUGUGCGUUUUUAUGAGUUACCAUAAAAUAUGCUAAUUUUACCAUAUACUUAAUUUGGGAGCAGUCUGUUCAUCCCACAACUAAAAUGUGAAUUUAAAUAGUGCAAUUCAAGUUGGAUGAAACAGUAGUAUUUCUUAUGAAGCUUACUGAUUUGUUGUGGAUUGUUGAUGUACAGUAUAAACAGAAUGGAAGGCUGAACGAGAGAGAGAGAGAGAGAGAGAGAGAGCAAACGGUGACGGAUUGGCCUGCUUGAGUGGAAACUGCAGUUAUGAAACAGCAGUUAGGGCACUGGAGGACUCGAGUCACUGUAAUAAAUGGGCCUCUUUAGAUCCCGUGUCUCUGAUCUCGUAAAAAUACUGUCAGCAUGUAUGUACAUCAACAUGUCACUGGCUACAGACUAUGUGUGUGAGACUGUGAGGAGGCGGAGCCAGGAAAAACAGGGAUUUAACGAGAACACCAAAAAAAGGGAUUGUUACAUUUCUCCUCAUUUUUGUGUAUUAUUUAUUAUGCGAGUUAUUUUUGUUAUCUCUGCUUCUGAUUAAUUUACUGCAAACCGUCCAAGUCCAGGCAUUCCACUGGCCUGUCGUCGUUUCACAUUGUACUUCGUUUAAUAGUGGGAGCACUGGGCAGAAAUACUUCUGCAACCUUCUGAGCAGUGGGUCGAUGAAUUGCACUAUGGGGAAAAAAUGUGAAUUAUGUGAAAGAACGACGACAGACCAGGCGAGUAGCUUAAGCGGAGUAGGAAACUGAGUCACUGUACUUCGUUGAUGUCUUUGCUGAUUACCUUUCGGAAUGGAGGUCAGGAGGACCGUAUGCUGUUUUGUGAAUAUACCUCACCUGUAUCUGCGGACAGUCCAGGUGUGACUCACAGUGGGAUGAAGUGUCUUAUUUCAGAUGUUAGGAGUACACAUACCAGCACACAACCUUUAAGAACAAGGGUGAAAGCAGCUUCGACCUCCUUCCCAGCAAAGGGGAGGAGACGCCCUCCAGAUCUUCCAGACACUGUUCCCAGAUCAGUCCGUCCGCCCUGACCUCAGCCUCUCCAAGUCUGUGCUUUGUUUUUUAAAGUUACCCAGGAAUUUUAGUACCGAACACUUUUCGUAAUUUCUAAGUUGCAAUAGUGUACAUAUGAGUAGUGUAAACUAACAUGUAAAUGUGUUUUUAAUUGUUAACAAAACAGUAUUGAUGUCCGGGAAAAAAUCCUUUCUCUAUCAUAUGUAAAUUUCUCAAGGCUGUUGUACUGAUUAGAAUGAUCUGCUGCUAGAAUAUGCACUUACUUACGAAAGGUAAAAUAAAAGCAUUGGUUAUAUAAAAA